CAAACAAACCCAACCUCGCGCAAGAUUUCCCACCCGCGACCCGGUGAACACAGAUCACGCACGCGGCCGCAGCCGCCACCGCCAGCCAAUGCCACCUGCCGCUGCCGGCUGCCACUGCUGCCGGCGGCCAACUCCUAUUCGCUGACCGCCGCCGCCCGUGCCCUCCAUGCCCCGCCUCCUCGCCCCGCUCCCCUCCCGCUCGCGCCGCCGCCGCCUCCUCGCCAUUCUGUCGAACACCUUCUCGGCGUCCACAGCCUCACCACACUGCGCGCCGCCCCCGCCGCCGCCGCCGCUGCCGCAGCUCUCCCCGCUGCUCCCCCGGACCGCGGAGUCCUACGCCUCCAUCUCCGAGGCCGCGUCCGGCAUCGCCGUCUCCUUCCGCGACUGGUUCCUCGCGCCCUGCGCCGCCGAGCCGCUCGCCGCCCUCGACUCGAUCUACGAGGCCCUCGCCUCGGACGACGCGGCGGCGCUCGAGGCGCUCCCGCUCUCGGAGGAGCUCGUCCUCUCGGUGCUCCGCCACCGCCCGCGGAGGCUCCCCGACGGCGACGCGGUUCUGCUGCUCCGCCUCAAGUUCUUCGACUGGUCGGGCCGCCGCCCGCACUACCUCCACACGCGCGCCGUCUACCAUGCCGUCUUCCGCCUGCUCUCGCGCGCGCGCCGCGCCUCUGUGGUGCUCGACUGGCUCCGCCUCUUCACCACCACCUCCGCGUCCACCGGGCAGCCGCGCUUCCAUCAGACGCUCGUCGUAGGCUACGCCGUCGCGGGCGACCCCCAGCGCGGGCUCAGCGUCCUCGGCCGCAUGCGCUUCCGCGGCAUGGACCUGGAUGCCGUCUCCUCCCGCAUACUCCUCAACUCACUUGUCGAUGCGUCAUUCCACGACUUGGCCGACUCCUUCGCCCGCAACCUUGCUGCUAGUCCCGUUGCAACCUGCAUCCGCAUCAAGAGCCUGUGCCGCCGCGCCCGCUUCAGCGAUGCCACUGCACUACUUGACACCCUCCCUUUCGCCGAAGCAUCCAGAGGCCCCGCCGCUGGCUCUAUUGUCACGGAGUUCUGCCGGCGUGGGCGCUUUGACGAGGCAGCCCAGAUUGUUGGUAAAUUCUCGUCAUGUGAUGUGUACGGCGCGUGGAUCCAUGGUCUCAUUGAGGCUGGGAUGCUUGAUACUACAUUGCAGUUCCUUUCUGAUAAGAAGGAGGCUGAGGGAUAUAUCCCUGAUGGUCAGCGGUAUGAUAAGCUUGUGCACCGCCUUCUCCGCAAGAACAGACUUGGUGAAGUUUAUGAUUUGCUUGUGGAAAUGAUGGAGGAGGGCAUUGCUCCAGGCCGUUCAACCAUGAAUGCCGCGCUUUGCUUCUUUUGCAAAGCCGGGCUUGUGGAAGUUGCCAUGCAUUUGUAUAGAUCAAGAUUGGACCUUGGGAUUAACCCAAACAAGGAUGUCUACAACAAUCUGAUCAGGGCACUGUGCCGAGGUGGGGCCACAGAAGAGGCUUGUCUGGUACUGGAACAGUCUAUGGAAGAUGGAUACUUUCCUGGCCGUCAGACAUUUGCAAUGUUCGCAAAUGUGCUGUGUCAGGAAGGGAAGCUAGAUAAGGUGAGGGAGCUGCUCGAUAGGGCUCUCAAGCAGGAGGCGUGGCCAAUGGAGAAUGUAUUAGCCAAGUACCUUGUUGCAUUGUGCAAGAGUGGGAAUGUGGAUGAGGCAUGUAAAGUGCCUCAGAUAGCGAGCAGCAAGAACCCUGCGGGCCUAUAUCGCUAUGAAUCAACUUACAAGAGCUUGAUCAGAGCAUUAAUAUUGAUUAGGAGGGUGGAUGUGCUCCCAAGGCUCAUACUCGAAAUGCAAGAUAUGGGACACAUCCCAACCCGAAGCCUCUACCAGUCGGUUGUUUGUGAAUUGUGUGAGCUGAGUAAGUAUGGUGAGGUUCUUGAGCUGCUGGAGAACCAGUUGCGGAGGAGUGAACUCCAACCCCGUGUGUGCUAUAACUACUUCAUCUCUGGGGCUGGACAUGCUAAGAAGGCUGAUGUGGCCAGGGAGGUGUACAGCCGGAUGGAGUCUGCAGGGAUUGAACCAUCUGUCGAAAGCAAUAUCCUUCUUCUCAUGAGUUAUCUGAGGAGUAAGCGUAUUGGUGACGCACUGACUUUUUUCAACUUCAUUCAUGAGAAGAAGCCACCUGGGACCAAGAUGUAUAACGUAUUUAUAUCUGGUCUAUGUGAAGCUCGGAAGCCAGAGCAGGCAAUGGUAUUUUGGAGGGAAGCAAGGGACAAAGGAUUAAUACCGAGCAUCGACUGCUAUGAACAGCUUGUGCUCCUUUUGAGCUCUGUUCAAGAUUAUGACAGUGUUGUCAAGAUUAUUGAUGAUUUCAGGGAAACAGGGCGCCCUGUUUCAGCGUUCUUGUGUAAUGUGCUUCUGUUGCACACACUGAGGGGCAGCGAUCUUCUCAAGGCUUGGGCGCGUUCAGAAGAUAAAUCCGGGUCUCUUGAAGCAAGCGCUGGAGAGAUCAAAGGUCGGGGUGCAGGACGAUUCUUGAUUGGCCAACUUAUCGAGUUGUUUGCAAGCGGUAUCAGGAACAGGAGUGACUUGGAGGUUUUAGAAGAGGGUCUAGAACAGUUCUUUCCUGUCGACAUUUAUACUUAUAACAUGCUGUUACGAGGAUUGAGCAUGGCAGGGAGGAUGGAUUCUGCCUGUAACAUGUUCGAAAGACUCUGCCAAAGGGGCUAUCUACCGAAUCGAUAUACUUUUGAUAUAAUGGUACAUGGCUUCUGCAAGCAUGGCAGAAGAAGUGAGGCUGAAAGGUGGAUGGAGGCAAUGUACCGAAACGGGUUCUAUCCCACUUGGUACACUAUGAGGUUAUACAACAAUACAUCCUUGCGACCGCAUGAUCAGUAGGCCAUUUCAUUUGUAUAAGUAAUAAUUACAUAUCUCAUCACAUCCGUCUGUUGAUCUGAAAGUCCUAUGACUUUGCCAAAAUAGGUUCCUUAUCAUGGCAUCAUCAUUAUCUAGAAGCUUAGCAUAGCACUGCGAAUAGAUCGAAGGCAGGUAGCUGGUCCAAAUUAUUCUUUAGGUGUGCUUCGAGAUCCAGUGGCUGUACACCUUGCAAGGUUGAUCUGCUUAUAUAUGGUGCAAAGCUGUUUAGGCGACGAUGGACUAGGCUCUCUUUUUUCGCUGGCAAGUCCAGAAUGAAAUUGGAUGGAUAUGUAUGCUGCAUUUAUAGUUAUAUUGUGCUAGAAAGAUAGGAAGAGUUCGAUGUCCAUCAGUUUGUGGUUUCGGAGAUUGCUUACCGACUUUCAUUCAUAUCUGAAAAGAUCAAGGGUGCCGAAGUCUUCAUUGAUCCAAACACGUUUUGGUAGAUGAGGAGAUACUUGCUGGAUGAAAACACUGUCCAUGCAUCUAUGGCCGCAACUCUAGUUUAUGAUACCGUUCGAAUUAAAAGCACACCAAUUAAUUAAUUCAUGUAAAUGAUAAUACUAGUCAUUCA